AAUUGCGGUUAGAGUUACCAUCGAAUUCAUACAACUGAUUCUUCGAUUAUAACACUUAUUAUUAACGCAUAAAGCCGGAUUUAAUCAUAACACUGUCUCAUAUCAGAUUUAAAUGGCUAGACUGACUGGUCUCAGUAUCAUCGUUCUAUUGUCGUCUGCAUUUUGGUGUGACUCCAGUAAGCCUAACAUAGUCAUUUUUGUUGGUGAUGACGUGGGAUUUGCAGAUGUUCAAGCAUUUGGAAAUCCGUUGUCGUACACACCAAAUUUAGAUGCGUUACUAAGAGAUGGAUUAAAACUGACGCAAUUCUAUAGUGCGUCUCCAAUAUGCAGUCCGUCAAGGGCUGGUCUUCUGACUGGACGCUAUCCUGUACGCACGGGAGUCUGGAAUAAUGAUGGCAAUGUUGUUUUCCAUCAGAAAUGCACGGAAGGCCUGCCACAUAGUGAGGUUACCAUUCCAGAAAUGUUGGCUAGGCAAGGCUACAAAUCCUCCCUCAUCGGCAAAUGGCAUCUUGGUGUCGGUUACAAUAGAGAAUAUCUUCCCUUGCAUCACGGUUUUGAUAAUUAUUUUGGGAUUCCACAUACGCAUGCAGAUUGUCCGUGUGAAAAAUGUUUUUUUCCAGAUGAUAACUGCACAUCUCAAGAUGGCUGUAAUUAUUCACAAGCUCCGUGUCAACUAAUGCUUGGAGAUGAAAUAAUUGAGCAACCCGUUAAUUUGAAAGAAUUAGCGGAGCGUCAAGCUAGAGCAGCGAGAAGUUGGAUUCGGGAAUAUGCUUGUACUGGAACUCCCUUUUUUCUCAUGUAUGCUUUUAUGCAUACCCAUUUACCCCAUUUCGCGGGUAAAAGAUUUCGGAAUACAACCCUAGGUGGUGAAUACACUGACUCAUUAGCGGAAUUAGAUUGGCAGGUAGGAGAAGUGAUGGAUGAAUUGAAGAAGAGUGGAGUAAUUAACAAUACGUUAGUCAUUGUUACUUCUGAUAAUGGGGCGGCGUUGGAGGAUUUAACAAAGGGCGGGUUUUCUGGAGUGUUAAAAUGUGGAAAAGGUUCGAUUUUUGAGGGCGGGGUACGUGCUCCUACUGUAGCUUUUUGGCCAGGCCAUAUCUCGAGCGGAAUAUCAACCGAAUUCCUGAGUCAACUAGACAUCUGGCCAACGCUGAGAAGUUUAAGUGGUUCCUCCGCAGAUGAUUUUAACGUCAUUCUGGAUGGGUUCGAUUUCUCAGAUGUACUUUUAAGAAAUAAAAAG